AUGCUGUCGAAGGAACUGGGAGGGGUCUCCGAGGACGCGCGGCGCAUCGCAACCUGGACUGUCAUUUUCGGCUUGUUGCAAGCCGCGGUGAAGUUGGCGAAGGAAGACCAGCAGCCAUGGCGUCUGGUCUCUCCAGCCUUCGAUGCCGGCCGGUGGAGGCUUGCGCUUUACUAUGAUCCGGCUGAGGCAGACUACUGGGGCGCAUCCCUCCUCACUGCCGAUGAAUUGGCAAAGCCCGUCACCUUCUCGUCUGUGACUAUGCAGUUCAAGUCGUCAACAGCCGGCAGCAAACGCAUAGGGUCCUCUGUGGACACGUCCAAUGUCCACUUUGACACUCAAGGCGAGAAGGCGUACCCUCGAGCCAUCCCUCUACAAGUGAUUGAAAGUCACGACCCCUCGGCCGUUCUCUAUUUAUCCGUCCAACUCGAAGAAGGGUGUUUGGCGACUCCAGCUCGGGUUCCACCCUCGCUACUGAACCAUCCGCUCUAUUGCGAUAUCGCCUUCACCUUCCCGAACGUCUGCCUGCCGCUGUUCGCCUUCAAGCUCGUACUUGUGCAGCAGUCACCUCACUUUGCAGACCUCUUCAAGUCUGGCUUCGCAGAAGGCACAGCAGACUAUGCCCUUCCCACGUCGCUCAAGAUACCGAACUGGCAAGAUUGA